AUGCUAAGACGCCCUAAGAAUUCAGGUGCUAACUCCAACGUGGAUAGCAAAAAAAGACAAUCAAUGCAUUUAGGUUCGAAAAGCUCGUUGAUUUCGCUGUCUAGCGAAUUUGGUCAUGAGCAUUCUAAAACGAAGCAGAAGAAGGAAGAAAGUCCAUCUCAUUCUCCAUUCCCAUCCGCCACGCAUAAGAAAAGGACCUCCAAACAGUCAAGUUUGAAAAGAAGCAGCCUGCUGCUUGAUGAAACGCUACUGAAGGACUACCAUUCUGCCUUAAAGCACAUGCAGACGAACACUCCCAAGGAAGAAAAGCUACAUAUGGCCCCAUCUCCGACACAGUCUACAAGAAGCCAAUCAGACGCCAGUCUUUCUUCCAUCAAGAGCUCAAUUUCUUCUAUAUUCUCUCAGGAUAAGGAUUAUUCAAUUCAUGACUUGUUGUAUGAAGAAAUUGAGGAGAUGGAUAAAACAACGAGCGCCUUCAAAAUCAACAACACGAUAGCUAUGGAUGAUUCUAAAGCUCUCUUCGUUUUCUGUUCAAACGAGUCUUCUUCAAAGACAACUUCUACUGAAACUUUAAACGAACUAAACUUGGAUACCCUAGAUAUGGGUACAGAUAGAAGAACGUCGUUGAAUUUUUUUUGA